GUCGUAAAAGCGCGGACCGAGUUGCCGCGGCGACGCUUUACGGCCGAGCCCGUGUUCUGCCCUCUGAUUGGCUCCGCCGGGACCGCGCCGGGCGCUGAUUGGCUCCGCCGGCGCCGUGCCGGGCGCUGAUUGGCUCCGCGCGGAGCCGGGGGCGGUUUGAGCGGCAGCGCUCGGCGCGGCGGCGGCUCCGGCACGAUGCUGCCCCUGUCCCUGCUGAAGACGGCCCAGAACCACCCCAUGCUGGUGGAGCUGAAAAACGGGGAGACGUACAACGGGCACCUGGUGAGCUGCGACAACUGGAUGAACAUCAACCUGCGGGAGGUCAUCUGCACGUCCCGGGAUGGAGACAAGUUCUGGAGGAUGCCCGAGUGCUACAUUCGUGGCAGCACCAUUAAAUACCUGCGUAUCCCGGACGAAAUAAUCGAUAUGGUGAAGGAAGAGGUGGUGUCCAAGGGCCGGGGCCGCGGCGGGAUGCAGCAGCAGAAGCAACAGAAGGGCCGCGGCAUCGGAGGUGCUGGACGAGGUGUGUUUGGCGGCCGUGGCCGAGGGAUCCCAGGCAGCGGAAGAGGCCAGCAGGAGAAGAAGCCGGGCAGGCAGUCGGCGAAGCAGUGAGAGGCUGUUUGCACCCCGUUUGGGUUUUAGCACCUCAGGAUCGCCGUUUGUUCCAAACCCGUUACCUUCCCGCUCCGCCAACCGGUCCGAGCCCGAACCGUCUCGUUUUGGAAAGCCCCUUGCCAUUUAACCCGGGAAAGCGGAGUUAUUCACUCCUUCUAGUCGGCAAGUCAUUGGAAAUGUUUAAAAAAUAGUCUUUAAGGACUUAAGUUUGCCUUCUCCUGAGGGGGAGAGCGCCGUUUCAUCUCUCAGGGUCGCCGGGUUCCAUUAGGAAGAUGAACCACGUGCGCCAGAACGGAGGCAAAACCGCUUUUUGGAUUGUUUGGGUUUCUUGUAUGUAUUGAAAGGUGGGAAACUCGUUGCAUUUGUAACAGGUGCGAGUGGUUUGGUUUAAAACACUGAACCUGAGGAUGUUGGAUCUGUACCUGAGUAGUCUUAAGGGUUUGGGGUUUUUGUUAAGAAAAAGCACCAAACUUUUAAGCUGUGGUUUAUCUUCUGGCCAGUCAGUUCUGCCUCUUUCCUGCGGCUCGAAGGAAACGUGGGGUGAACGUUGCGUUGGCCAUCAAGGGUUUUUUCCCAGAGCGCUUUGUGAUAAAUGAGAGUUUCCCAAUUAGCUUAUUACUAAUUUGACUUGAGAUUAGAAGUUUCCUUUAAAGGAAGGAGUUUUCUGUGGUUUUGUGGAGGGCUGCUCUGCCCCUUCAUCCUCAUGUGUUUGUGUUUUUCUGAAAAGCAACCGAGCGGUUGAGUUGAUUUAUUUCCCCCCCACUUUAAAACCUGAAUUCUGACAAUAUUUCUCAAGUUCUUUGCUUCUGGUACCCGGUGAUUCAGGAACCUCCGUGGAUUCCCAGCCCUGGGGCAAAACGCACCCGCAAAAUACCCUGGUUGAUGGGAACUGAGGGUCCGUGUGGGGACACGGGGGGACAAAGAGGCUCCGACCGCAGCUCAACCCCCCGAAGGGAUGAAAUAGUUUAAUUUUAGGGGAAAAGCUGAUAUUGUGACUUGUCCCGAACAGGUUUUGUUUGUUUUGUUGUUUUUUUACAAGCAAUUCCCAUAUUGAAGCCUACUCUCUGCCAUCGCCACUGUGUGAAAAUGAGUGAAGAACAUGCUUUUAUACGUACUUAUUUUUUUAACAUUUCUAUAACUCGCGUGCAGUGGUGAGUAGGAAUAAACCACCAGCCUCCACA